CUCGGGACGCCCUGUGGACCCGGGGGCUGCGGGGGCCGUGGGGAUCCGGUGCGCCGCGGCUGUCCGCGCUUGGGCCCGGCCGCUACUGCAGGCUCCAAACGCAGACCCAGAGCUUGAGGACGCAGGUGUCCAGUUUCCUUUGACCUUGAAGACCCGGGAAGGUUAUAUGCGCCAUGGCUGUGACGGGUGUCAGAUUCCCUGCCAGCAUUCUGAGAAAGCCAGACGCCUGGAUUGGACUGUGGGGCGCGCUGCAAGGGACACCUUCAUCGAAACUCUGUGCUUCCUGGAAUCGAUACUUCUAUUUUUCUAGUACCCAGUUAAACACAUCAAAUUGUAAAACGUUCUUCCAUAACAUUUUCUCGCUGAGACUCCCAGGCCUUGUAGUAUCUCCAGAAUAUAUUUUCCCCCUUUCCAUAAGACUUAAGAGUAAUAUAAGCUCUAAGAAGUCCACCAAGAAGACUCUGCAGAAGGCCGAGGAUGACGAGGACUCUGAGGAAGAGAGUGACCGUGAGAUGAGUGAGCAAGAACAGGGGCUCGAAGAAGACCCCAGUGUGGUCAAAGACUACAAAGACCUGGAGAAAGUGGUGCAGUCUUUUCGGUACGAUGUCAUCCUAAAGACAGGCCUAGAUGUCGGGAGAAACAAAGUGGAAGAUGCAUUCUACAAAGGUGAGCUCAGGCUGAAUGGGGAGAAAUUGUGGAAGAAAAGCAGAACGGUGAAAGUGGGAGAUACAUUGGAUCUUCUGAUUGGAGAGGAUAAAGAAGCAGAAACAGAGACGGUAAUGAGGGUUCUCCUGAAAAAAGUGCUGGAGGAGAAAACAGAAAGUGAAAAGUACAGAGUGGUGUUACGCCGGUGGAAAAAGUUAAAGUUGCCUAAAAAGAGGUCUGCUUUCACUAGGAUGUCAGAAAAACAUUAAGGCUGGAUCUACACGAGGCAAGUUAUUUCCAAAUGGCAUAAACGGCCCCUGGGCCCCCACCUCCACUCCGCGCUCCUACCCACACAGCCAGGCAGGGUGCGAGAUCUCAGUGACCUCCCAUGAGGGGUCUCGAGACCCCACUGCAAUUGGACAAGAAUCCAACAUUGCAAGGGGGGGGGGGUGGAAACCGAGGCCAUCUCUGUAGGAACCCAAGUGGCCGUGCUGUGGUGUGGGCAGGCCAGUGACUCUUACCAUUUAAACAGCGAAUUCUUUCAUCGCUAAGUAGAUCCCAUAGGUUGGUGGAUGAUUGCUGCAGAUGUGGUAACCCCUCCAACCCAAACAUAAAAAUAAAGGAAGAUCUGGGGCCAACACCAAAGGGGGAGGGGCACACUAUUGCCCAUGACACUAGACACGACUUUAUUCCCUGUCAAAUGUUUGUGGUCAUGUUGACACAGCCCAAGUGGACUGAAGCAGGAUUAGAACACUUAGUACAUUCAUGACUACCUUCAUACAUUCUUUUAAACUUACUAACAGAGAGAACGAGGGACACUACCAGCUACCGUGACUUGCUAUUUUCCUUAACAUCAGAAUGUGUCUGUGCUAAUUCUUUAGUCCUCCAGAUACAAGGGGAAAAAAAAACAAGUAAAAAAAAGAAGAAGAAUUUGGAACGGGGAGGGGGAAGGGAUUUACCAACACAUUUUAUAGAAAAUAUUAAAUUUUGAAAAAGUAAGUAUUUUGUACUUCUAUUGCUUCAUGUAAAAAACUGCCCUGGGGCCCGCCGGUAUGGCCAGAGAACUGAGGAGGCCGUACAGACAGACGCAGGACCUGCAGGUGUUUCCUGAUGAGACAGUCCGGAGGGACAAGAAACAACUCUCAGAGUGUGUCCACCUCUCUUCACUAAAAGGGACGC